CAGCCCAUGUGCCCUCCCCCUUCCCCCGUCACGUCCUUCGCACGCGGUCCGCCCACUGACACCAGGCCCCGCCAUCCGCUAGGCCCACCCGUCAUCCUCUGCCCCGCGCCUCUCCACCAGUGGUCACCUUCUCGGGGAGUCGCGGCGCACGCCUCCCCCGUCCGCCUUGCCGUUUGAACACUCGAGGUCGAGAGCCAUUACCAUUAACGGCAUCGCAUCGCGCCCUCCUGCCCCCGCGAUUCCUUCGAUCCCUUCGUGGCGGUGGGUGCGUCCUGCGGGCUCUGCUAGAGCUAGAUCUCGGAGGGAGGAGCGGAAGGGAGAUAGCCAGCCAGGGAGAGGAGGGGAGGGGAGUGAGGCUGCGGCGCUCCCGCAUUUCGCCGAGCACGAUGAGGGCGCGUCGGGUCGGGCCGCUUCUGCUGCUCGCGGUCCUGGCGCUCGCCGCCGCGUCGUCGGCGGCGCGGCUGGACCUGGACGACGACGACGACUCGGGCGUGCUGGACGAGCUGCUGGCCAUCGACGAGGAGGCGGAGCGGGGCGGGCUGGACGCGGCGGGUGGGGGCGCCGCGGAGGCGGUGCGGCGGGCGCAGUCGAUGGUGCUGGUCCUCGACAACGACAACGCGCGCCGCGCCGUGGAGGACCACGCGGAGCUGCUCCUGCUCGGGUACGCGCCGUGGUGCGAGCGCAGCGCGCAGCUCAUGCCCCGGUUCGCCGAGGCCGCCGCCGCGCUGCGCGCCAUGGGCAGCGCCGUCGCAUUCGCGAAGCUCGACGGGGAGCGUUACCCGAAGGCGGCCGCCGCCGUCGGGGUCAGGGGCUUCCCCACCGUGCUCCUCUUCGUCAAUGGCACCGAGCACGCCUACCAAGGUCUCCACACCAAGGACGCCAUAGUUACUUGGGUAAGAAAGAAGACUGGUGUGCCAGUCAUUAGGCUUCAGUCUAAGGAGUCAGCUGAGGAGUUCCUCAAAAAGGACCAGACCUUUGUUAUUGGUCUAUUCAAGAAUUUUGAGGGAGCAGAACAUGAAGAAUUUGUGAAGGCAGCAACCACAGACAAUGAAGUACAGUUUGUAGAAACCAGUGAUACAAGUGUUGCCAAAGUUCUUUUUCCAGGUAUUACAUCCGUGGAGAAAUUUGUGGGCCUUGUUAAAAGCGAGCCAGAGAAGUUUGAAAAGUUUGAUGGAGAAUUUGAAGAAAAGGCAAUUUUGCGGUUUGUGGAGCUCAACAAGUUUCCCCUAAUUACUGUAUUCACUGAGCUCAAUUCGGGCAAAGUAUAUUCAAGCCCUAUUAAGCUACAGGUCUUCACCUUUUCAGAGGCUUAUGAUUUCGAAGAUCUUGAAUCUAUGGUUGAAGAAAUAGCCAGAGCAUUCAAGACAAAGAUAAUGUUUAUAUAUGUGGACACUGCUGAAGAAAACCUUGCAAAACCAUUCCUCACUCUUUAUGGCCUUGAAUCGGAAAAGAGGCCUACUGUUACAGCAUUUGAUACAAGCAAUGGAGCCAAGUAUCUGAUGGAGGCAGAUAUCAAUGCAAAGAACCUGAGGGAGUUCUGCUUAAGCCUUCUGGAUGGCACACUGCCGCCGUACCACAAAUCAGAACCAGUGCCUCAAGAGAAGGGACUUGUUGAAAAGGUUGUUGGUCGUACAUUUGAUUCUUCUGUGCUGGAAAGUCAUCAAAACGUCUUCCUUGAGGUUCAUACACCUUGGUGUGUUGACUGUGAAGCGAUAAGUAAAAAUGUUGAGAAGUUGGCCAAGCAUUUUAAUGGUUUGGACAAUCUUAAAUUUGCACGCAUAGAUGCUUCUGUGAAUGAACAUCCCAAAUUGAAGGUGAACAAUUACCCAGGGCUAUUCCUUUUUCUUGCUGAAGACAAAAGCAAGCCGAUCAAGCUUUCAAAGAAAUCAAGUGUCAAGGACAUGGCCAAACUCAUCAAGGAGAAGCUGCAAAUAUCAGAUGUGGAGACAGUAGCGGCUCCUGACAAUGUCAAGGAUGAUGUGGAGACAGUAGCGGCUCCUGACAGUGUCAAGGAUGAGCUAUAACCUGUAGUAGACUUCGCCGGCGGCCUGUGUCUGAGUAAUCCAAGGAUCCAGUGACGGGAAAAUUGCAGCACGUUUGCUUGUUUUGCGCCAACCUGAUAACAGAACUCGCUUUGUUCGUGUGCUGUAACUUGUGUUAAGUUGACAACAGACAUGGUAUAUAUAAUAGGUACGCAAAUCAAACGAACAUGUAAAUCAAUUUUAAUGGGGUUCAGUUCAUACAUGAAUAUCCAGGGUAGUACCAGGCU